AUGAAGCUCAUCAUAGCCGGCGCGACCGGCCUUUUGGGCAAUGAGCUCGUGAGACAAAGCCUGCAAAUCCGCGAGAUCAACCAGGUCGUUGCUUUAGCUCACCAGCCCGUGCAGCUCGACGAAAGUAUCGACUUAUCGAAGUUGAAGAGCAUUAUUAUUCGCGACUAUGGUGAAUACCCUGACGAUGUGAAGGCCGAGUUUACUGGCGCCGACGCUUGUAUUUGGACUGUCCCCAUCACAGCCUUACGCACCAGUAAGGUCGAACUCAAGCGUUUAUGCCAGGACUGCACAAAGCUCGGAUUCGAGGCCAUGUACGAGGCUGCACCGGCACGUCCCUUUCGCUUCAUGUACUUGAGUGCGGAAGGAAUAACUCGAGACCCAACAAAGAAGCCAGUAAUCAUGCCAGAUUACAAUAUUAUGCGAUGCAACACGGAGCUCAUAGUGCUCAAAUUUCCUACCGAGAAAGAAGGAGUCGAGGUUUGCAUCGCUCGGCCCGGCGUGAUUGCUAACUCGUCGACUUGGUCAAGGGCUUUGGUCGCCAACCUUUUUCAUAUAGUCAAUUUCUUCGGGCGGCCCCUUCCGACUAUACAACGGAGUGAGCUCGUAGCGGCAGUGCUAAACCAAGUCAUGGAUGGAUUCGACAAGGAAACUCUGUUGAAUGCCGAUCUCGUUCGACUUGGACGAAGGGAGCUGAAAUUUCGCAGUAUGCCUCAGACUUUAUAA